GACUGAUCAGCAUGGUAACCUAUAGUCUCCCAGCAUGGUACCACCCACAUUAUUCUUGUUGCUCAACUGGGUUUUGUAAUGCUGGCCCUGGUGGUUCAAAGGGUGGAUAAUGCUAUCAGCUGGGUAAAUCACUUUCUGGUGGAUAACCCAGCACCAUACUCACAGUCAUUUAGUCAUCACUUCAGGGGUUUAUUUUGAACCAACAUAAUGACCAGCUCUCAGUUGACUUGUUAGCUCAGUUGGUAGACCAUAGUACUGGUAUUGCAGAGGUCAGGGUUCAAAUCCUGCACAGACCUGAAUCACUUCUGCUUAGGUAGUGUUCAUUACUGCAAAGAUAGCUUUCAUAUUUAUUUCCAGUAUAUUUUUGCAAACACUUAUCCACUAGAUCAUGAUUUAUCUAUUGGAUAGUACUAUUCCCCCUCUGAACAACUGGAUCCUGGUGGGUUACUUCUUAAUUUUGAUUAAAUAGGAAAGCCAUUUCAUGAAGCAGUGUGGGAUAUUGAAGGCUGUGCAGAUGUCACAGAUUAUUAUGCUGGUCUCGCUCCAACCAUUAGUGGCAAGCACAUUCAGCUUCCUAAUGGAUCUUUUUCUUACACAAGGCGAGAACCUCUAGGAGUGGUAGGAGGUAAGUGAUGCACAGAAAACUGAAUAAUUUGGUUGAAAACAAGAUAAGUAGUUGUCUUGCUCAGUAAUAUUUAGUAUGAUCAUGGUGUGGACUUUUGGCCUAAGAUAUUUGUAAUGCAACAAUCAUGGAUAUGUUGUAACCAAAUAUUGUAGCAUAUGUAUUAUAGCCUUUUCAUUUACUCAAAAAUGUAACCAUUUGGGAAGCCUAGCCAUGGAUGUUUUAGAAAGAUAUCCAGAUUUUAUGUUAAAGCUUUUGGUACCUUUAUUUGUUUGAUAAAUGUAAUUUUUCUCCAUAUGAUACCUUUCAAAAGUACUUCCAGUACAGGAAUUAUAAGAGCUUAAUGAGCAAGUUACAGUCAGCUUAUCCCUGUUUACCUUAACAUGAAAAUAAUGAAUUGAUAAGUUUCUACAUAAACUGCACCUAAAUCAGAUGCUAGUCUAUGAUAAUUAAUUCCUCAAGAAUCCCUUCGAGAUCAGUAACCCCCAGUAAUCCCCCAGGUAUUUUAUUACAAUUGACAGUAAUGCCAUGAUCUGAUUGGCCAAUUUUCCGUUGUCAAGAAGAGUACAGACAACACAGCUCACUUCAAUGUGUCAUGCAAUGAAAAAAUGUUUUUAUUGAAGGUUGAUUUUAUGGUAAAAAAAUGAAGUGACAUUAGUUUAGCAUGGUCUGUACUUUAAUCAACAACGAUAAUCAUCAUCACAUUGGUCAAAAUGUUGUGGACUCAUGAGGUGCAGCCAAGGGAGUCUCUAACAAAUUUUGGUCAUUGUCAAUUUUGUAGUAAAAAGCAAGUUGACAGUAGUUUAGCAUGAUCUGCACUCCUAUUGACAAUGAUAUUCGUUAUCACAGUCACCAAAAUUUGUUGUGGAUUCACUCGGCUGUGUAGUUAUUUAUACACCACAGUGGUGGGUGUCAGUGCAACAUCUAUCUUACCUCAGAACACAACAGGUUAAAUCACUCCAGCAGGGCUUGAACCUGAUCCUUAUAGACCAGAGUCUCUUUAAAGCUAAUCAUUAUACUAUUGUUUUUUCACAAUACUGUACAUGUGUUAAAUUACAAAGAAUCCUUAGUUUUACGAGUUAGGUGUUUAUAAACUAACAUCUACUGUCUCUUGCAUUUUCAGGAAUUGGUGCUUGGAAUUACCCAUUCCAAAUCUGUGUUUGGAAAUCUACUCCUGCCCUAGCUUGUGGAAACACAAUUGUGUUCAAGCCAUCCCCAUUCACACCCCAGACUGCUGUUCUUAUUGCUGAGAUUUUCACUGAAGCAGGGCUUCUUAAUGGUGGUUUAAAUGUUAUUCAGGGAGAAGGAGUGACAGGCCAUUUGCUAACAUCACAUCCUGAUGUUGCAAAAAUUUCCUUUACUGGAUCUGUACCCACUGGACAAAAGGUAAUCUUUGUGAAAGAAAUAGCAAACAGAUGAGUAAUCAAAUAUAGGAAACAGUCAAUUUAUAUGUCCUUUUAUAGUAUGGGUUGAAAUUGAGUGGGAUUUUCUUUUCUUAGCUGGUUGAAAAUGUUUGCCAGAAUUUCUAGGUUGAUAGGUUUUGAUGGAGACUCACCAAUCCCUUUUCUUUGAACAUUAUUUCUAAGGUGAGGAAAAUAAGCUUUAGAGGCUUUUGUCAAGAAUUUUUCAACUUCUUGUAGGUCUAAUAAAGUAUUUAAGGUUUGACUAGGUCUUUUUGUGAGGUUUCAUGAAGCACAAUGGAGCAAAAAAUGUGUCUAUGUCAAGGACAUUGUGGUAAAAUGUGAUUCCUGAGAGUGAUACUGUGUAAUACACAAUGUUUGUUGAGAUUUUAUCCACCAGAGGUCUUGAACAUGGUAUGUACUUGAAAAAGCCCCCCUUGCACCUCCCACCUGAUUAUUCUUUCUGAGUAAACCCAUUUCUAGGUCUGAUUUCAUAUGGUUUUUGUUUGUAUUGUAUCUACACUCUACAUGUAUUUGUACUUUUUCUGCAGAUCAUGGCAGAUGCAUCAGCUGGUGUCAAACAUGUCACUCUUGAGCUGGGAGGCAAGUCCCCCCUUCUUGUCUUUGCUGACUCUGACCUUGAAAAUGCUGUUAAGGGAGCAAUGAUGGCUAACUUCCUUACACAAGGAGAGGUAUAAAACUGAAUUUUUUCAAUCGUUUCAUUAUUUUUACAAAAAUUCUAUUUUCCAUGAACACAACUAGUGUUCUGUUAUUAGUUCAUGAGGCAAUAGGAGUCUGCAAGGUGCAUCUGUUUGCAAUAUAAUGUAAAUGGUAUAUUUUGAUAUACCACACAUGAUUCUCUAAGCACUGUCUAGUAAGGAAUUAUUUUAAAAAUUUUUGUGUAGUUACUUAUGUAUGUAUUACUAAUGUAUUUGUUUGUUUCAACAGGUUUGUUCCAAUGGAACUCGGGUAUUUGUUGAAAGGAGCAUCAUGGAUGAAUUUCUGAGCCGAGUUGUGGAGCGCACUAAAAAAAUCAGAGUAGGUGACCCCAUGAACCCUGACACUCAGAUGGGAGCAUUGAUCUCUGAGGAACAUCUUCACAAAGUUCUUGAUUAUGUGGAAUUAGGAAAGAAAGAGGUGAGACCAUCUUAUGAAUAGCUUAGGGUACAUUGAUUUUAAAAGACUUUGGAAAAGAAAAAAACUUUAAAUAAUUCCUAAAUAAUUCCUCUGGUAUAUUAUAAUAUUUCCAAUAGCAAAUGAAAUGCUUGCCAAAGCUAUGGCUAAUUGGCAAAGUGAGGAAGAAAUUCUGGAUUCUCAGUGUGGAAGUCUAUUUACUCUGUAAACUAUGACAGGUCUUUAAAACACAAAAACUAAUAAUAAAGCAUUGUCAAUUUUAAGGGCGCCAAAAUUCUCUGUGGAGGUGAACGCCUGAAACUGGAGGAACCCAGAUUGGCCAAUGGGUUUUACAUGUCACCAUGUGUGAUGACUGACUGUUCAGACGAUAUGACAGUUAUUAAGGAGGAGAUAUUUGGCCCUGUUAUGACAGUGCUGCCAUUUGACACUGAAGAAGAAGCUGUUAAGAGAGCCAACAACACUGACUUUGGUUUGGCUGCAGGAGUUUUUACAAAGUAAGAGUGCAUUUGAGGGGUUGUGUCUGAGAGACGAUACAAUGGGGAAGUAGUUAGUCAUUUGAUCAGUGGGGUUGAGGACCCAUUCAUUCUCAUUUCGUCACCUCAGUGGUUGUAUGUGUGGCCCCUGUAUCAGAGUCUACGCCUAUAACCUUCAUUUUUUUUGCCAGCUGUACCAGCUCUUAGCAACAAAGCAAAGCUUACAUUGAGGGCCCCUCACUAUUAGUGCCAGACCCCUUGUAACACUCGCGCCAGCUCGCUUUGCUCGAGACCUCCUCGAAACUUCUUUGUGGAUGAGGAAAUGCCAUCGUCGUAGCGCCAGCCAACGGCUAAUUGGCGAAGAGUUACUCCCACACCCUUUCCUCACUUCUUAUAAAUCAACUUGUGUAGCAGAUGAUUUUAUGGUUCUAUUAAAAUGGAGGCGGUGGAGCGGCGAAAACCAGCUGUGAAGCAUCCAGGGGAGAUACAAAUUUUCCUUUCUCCAUUCCCCUAAAAGAAUUUCUGGUCGCUUUUGUAAUGAUGGCGCAUCAACCCUUUAACUCCUAAGAUCUGAUUGUCAAUUCUCCCCUCCAGUUGUUCAACAUUCCCUUGUAAAUUAGUUAUGAGAACUUGUUGCUAAAUCAAGAUAGCAGCUUCUACCGGAUAAGUUUGAAUAUUCUCAUUACCUGUUUAUAGGUCAAUGUCUUGACAUUAUAGGGUUUCAUGUUAAUCCUUUCUGGGAGUACAGGGGUUAAACUCCCACAAAUCUUCCAGCUGCACGGGCCAUCUACAUCGCCUUAAUUUAUCAAUGUUUACUCUAUGCCUAUAAACUUAAAUUACUGAUUAAGCUCAAAACGGACUACCGAGAGCGAGAAACGAAAUGCCAGAUUUCAUCCCGUUCCAGAGCAACCAUUCAGAACUGUGCAUGUAAAAUUACGUGGACACGAAACUUUGCAUGUGCUCUCAAACGAAAUCCUUCAUAUCUUUUUGCAGAGAUCUCAAUCGAGCUCAUCGUGUUAUUGCUAAUCUUCAAGCAGGAUCCUGUUGGAUCAAUAAUUACAAUUUAACACCGGUUGAGGUUCCUUUUGGUGGAUACAAGAAGUCUGGCGUGGGUCGCGAACUGGGUGAAGACACCAUUGAAUAUUACACGCAAGUUAAGUCAGUUUACGUAGAAAUGGGGGAUGUGGAGUCGCCGUUUUAACCAAAUCAGGGCAUCCGCCAGAGUCGUUGAACAGUUGAGUUGCACGAUAGCUUGACUGCGGGUGGAAAUUCCAAAUACUACCCAAAUACUGUUUUAAGCAUUUCUCUAAAAGAGGAACCAAAUCAAAAGGGGAAAAAUGAAAAUUCUAAUUCAAAGCCAUGUGAAUUUGCCGACGUCAGGAUUUCAUUCAUCGUUGAAAAAAUUAUUAAGGCAUACUCCCCUGCGAUGGACACACAAAAAAGAAUCCUUUCACUUCCGUGGUAAAGAUAAUUUUCCCUUGUAACCACUACACAAUUAUCUUGUUAAUUAUUCAAAAGAAUUUGAUGUUAAAUCAACCUUCCAGAACAGCACCCUCUGACUGAAGUUUUAUGGAAAGUCAUAGGACGAACUAACUCCGUCCGGUGAGGCAUGUGGAGUGGGAGAGGAACAAUUUAUAACUAAAUACUCUUAAUGAUCUAGCUAUGGUCACUUAAGUUUGUAACCCGGCAACUGUUAAUACUUGCAGAUCAAGAAAAUGAUAUACGGAUGUCA